GCACACGAAAGCAAUCCACGUGCUUGUCCAGUAACUCCCUUAGCAGCAGCCAAUGAACUGGCUUAGCGGUUGCUAGGAUGGAAACUCCGCCCCAAACAAAGAUGGCGCCGGGGCUUACGGGAAAGGGAAGGGGUCCUUGCGGGGGCUGCUGGGAGUUGUAGUCCCCGCGUCGUGCUUGCGAAGGUGGGCGGUCGGACUUGCAAAAGUAGCCGCCAGCGCGGGGCAUUGCCGGCCCUUUUGCCGGCGCGGCGUCCACCAUGCUGCGGCUCCGGCUCCGACUCCGCCUGCUUUUGCCGCCGCCGGUGCUGCUCCUGCUGCUUGGGGCCGCCUUGGGGCCGCCUGGAUCGGCGGGGCUGGAGCCCAUCAGCACCGGCAUCGCCAUCGGGGCUGCUUCGGCUCUGACCGGUUACCUCUCCUCGCCCCGCUUCUACUGCGCCUUCGUGGAGUGCUGCCCCGGCGAGGAGGAGCGGCCCAACAGCACCGGUACCUGCAGGCAGGGAGGGUGGCUGGCUGGCCCCAUAGAGGGGCAAAAAGCGGGAUGUAGCAGCCCUAGCCCCACCAUAGAGAGGCAAGGAAAGAGGACGAAAAAUAAGGCAGGGCUGCCCCCCUAGAGGGGACCCCCCCCCUUAUAGGGAAGUUGGUUUUUUCGUUGGGUGGAGGGGAGAGAGAAAGAGAGAGUGAAGUAGUUUUGGCCCCAUAGAGUUGUUCAGUUUGGUUGUGCUGUGUGUUUAAGGAAAGAAGUUGCCUUAGAGUCCAUCUAGCACAGUAUUAUCUACACUGCACUCCUGGAUUUCUGAAGGAUAUUCCCAACUGUAGCUGGAUAAUGCCCAAGGUUUAUUUAUUUAUUGCAUUUAUAUCCCACCCUUUUCUCCAAGGAGCUCAAGGUGGCAUACACAGUUCUCCCUUCCUAAUUCAAUCCUCACAACAACCCUGUGAGGUAGGUCACACUGAGAAGCUGUGAUUGGCCCAAGCUCACCCCGUGAGCUUCAAAGGCCAAGUGGGAAUUUAAACCCAGGUCCCAAGCCCGGCACUCUAAUCGCUGGACCCACACUGAGGGUUGCAGGAGUGCCUCUCUGAAAUCAACACUCUCCACCUUUGCCUCUCUGCAGCGCUCCGCCAGAAUCUGGACAAUAAGCUUUUCGGACAGCACCUGGCGAAGGACGUGAUCCUGAAGGCGGUGACUGGUUUCGUCAACAACCCAAACCCUAAGAAGCCCCUGGCACUCUCCCUGCAUGGUUGGGCAGGGACGGGCAAAAAUUUUGUCAGCCAGAUUGUUGCUGAAAACAUCCACAAGGCCGGGCUGAAGAGCAAAUACGUCCACCUUUUCCUUUCUACACUGCAUUUCCCCCAUGACCACCAGAUUGCACUGUAUAAGGUGAGGGUGUAAUUGGUUGAGUGUUUUUGCAACGCUUUAUGUUGCUGAUUCUAGGCUUAUUUUGUCCCCAUUUUACAGAGUGGGCAAAGUGAGGCAGCUCUCAAUCUCAGCUGGAGCUGAUGGGAGCUGUAGUUGAAAGCAUUUGGCUAUCAUUUUGGUUAGUGAAGGCUGUAGUACAGUAUAGCCAAGAGUACUGAGAUAUCUGAAUAAUAAAACUCAGUGGUGAUGCACAUGCUGCCUCCACUCCAAAUACCAUCUGCUGGGAAUCUCAAGGAUAGAGAGCUGCUGUUGUGGUUAGACCUUGCUGGUGCACCUCCCACAGGCAUCUGGUGGGAACAGGAUGCUGGACUAGGUGGCCCACUGGCCUCAUCCUGCAGACUCCACUUAUAUUCUGAAGUUUUUUGCAUGCAGAAGGUCCCCGGUUCAACCCCCAGUGUCACCCUUGCCUGAAAGCCUAGGUAACCACUACCAGUUAGUGUUGACAAUACUGGGCAAUACUGGCAAUAUUGAAUUCCGCUCUUUAAUCAAAACUGUGAGGACUAGAAUUUUACUUUAUGUUAAGGGGGAGGGCUGUGGCUCGCUGGGACAACACCUGCUUUGCAUUCAGGAGGUCCCAGGUUCAAUCCCCAAUGGCAUCUCCAGGUCUAGGAAUGUUGUUGCCUGAAACCCUGGAAAGCCCCUGCCAGUCAGUGUUGACAGUACUGAGCUAGAUGGACUAAGGGUCUGCUUCCUGUCUUCCUUUUCCAGGGUCCCUAGUCCCCUGAAUAAUUGAAAGCUUUUUUCCCCUGACCUUUUACUGAUCAUUCUUUAAAGCUUCUUUUUGCAUCCACGAGCGCUAGAAACUUAAAAGUUACUCUAAAUGAAGCAGAGGUUCUCAGGAACACUGAGUUGUACACAGCAUGCUAAACAGUAAGCUUGUGGGGAAUCCUAGCUUGCAGCGGGAAACUGAGGUCUCUGGGACUUGCUCCAGGUAGAGACUUUGUUCUUCAUUUGGAAAUGCUUUCAAUAUUCUAGAAGGGCAGGAGAAGGACCACCCAGAAAAAGAAAACUUUGGAUUUUUUGGAUCCUAUUGCUAUGGCCUUUUGAGCACUCUCAAAAACCAGUAGUGGUCAUUUGCCUUCCAGUAUAAGGAGUUAAUAUAGGAGAAUAAUGGAAAGUGAAAGCUGAGAGUUUGUGGAGCUGCUUCCUUUUUUAGGAAUGGAAGGAGCUGCCUUAUACGACUGUGGUUAAGAAGCCCCUGUGUCUGAGAAAUUGGUUAGUUGCCUAUCCUGGGUGGGGUUGCAUUCCCCACCAAAGGAGAAAGUUCUCAGUUUGGGGGUGCUUCUGCAUCCGGUUCUGUCACUGGAGGCUCAGCCAACUUCAGUGGACAGUUCAACAGCUACGGCCAUCCCUGGACCAGGAAAGCCUUGCUACAGUAGUUCAUGGGUUGGUUGCUUCAAGACCGAAUCACAUCAAUUUGCCCUGUGUGCAACUUCCUGCUCACAUGAUCCAGAAGCUUCAGUUAGUGCAGGAUGCUGCAGCGCAAUUGCUGACGGGAGUGAGGCCUCGUCAUCAUUAUAACACAUGUGCUCAGAAAUCUGCACUGGUCACUCAUUUGCUACCGGGCCAUGUUCAAAGUGUUACAGUUUGGGACCACUUUAUCUACAUCAUCACCUUAUCCCACAUGUGCCUACCUGAUGCUUUGAUCAGCUGGAUUGGCACUACUAUGGGUGCCAUGUAAUACCCAUUCCACAUUUUAAAUAACUUGAUCAUUUAGUGGGGCAGCACCUGCACUUUGAAAUUCCAUGCCUCUUGAUAUCAAGCAGGCACCUUCACUAUACUCUUUUCAGUGCCUCCUAAAAACAUUCCUGUUCAGCCAAACCUGCUCACAUGCUUAGAAAGUUGAUGUGGAUUUUAAUUUUAGUUAACUUAUUGUGUAUCGUAAUGUAUUGCAUUUCCCCUCUGUUUUUAUGGUUUUAUCUUUUUUGCAAAGCACUUUAAAGUUGUUACUCUACAGUUCUGUGAUCCUGUGAAAAAAAUGUGUUGCAAGUCAAGCUCUGUUCUAAAGGGUGCUUUUACCCUCUGCCAGGCUCAGGCCAGCAGUUUACAUUAAACUGGCAUUAAUUCCACCACUCUCUUAGAUUUAAAGAUCACUCUGUCUGACUGUUGCUUUGUUUCAUUGGUCAAUUACUCAAGUAGGGUGUCAGGGUUUUUUAAUGUUAAAAUCAGAUCAUCCUCCAUAAUUGGGUUAAUGCUGUAAGAUCAACCUUUUAUCUUCCUUACUGCUUUGGUCCAGGAGCAAUUGCAGAAGUGGAUUCGGGGUAACGUCAGCGCUUGCGCCAAGUCAGUAUUCAUAUUUGAUGAGAUGGACAAGCUUCACCCAGGACUGAUAGAUGCCAUCAAGCCUUUCCUUGACUACUACGAGCAGAUUGACGGUGUCUCCUACAGGAGGGCAAUCUUCAUUUUUCUCAGGUUGGGAAUCUCUUUGCCUGCAACCACAAGUCCUUCAUUUGAUGGUUUCCAUUUGAAAUUAGAUGAGUCCCACUGGAUCAGGUCAUCAGAGGCCCAUCUAGUCUUUUAAAAUGGAAGCUCAAAAGCAACUGAGUACAACAGCAACUCUCCCCUCCUGUGGUUUCCAGCAGCUGGCAUUCAGAGGCACUCUGCCUCUGACAGUGGAGCCACAGCAUAGCCAGCAAUAGCAUUAGGUAAAGGUAAAAGGACCCCUGACCCAUUAAGUCCAGUUGUGACCGACUCUGGGGUUGCGGCGCUCAUCUCGCUUUACUGGCCGAGGGAGCCGGCGUACAGCUUCCAGGUCAUGUGGCCAGCAUGACUAAGCCGCUUCUGGCGAACCAAAGCAGUGCACGGAAAUGCUGUUUAGUUUCCCGCCAGAGCGGUACCUAUUUAUCUACUUGCACUUUGACGUGCUUUUGAACUGCUAGUUUGGCAGGAGCAGGGACCGAGCAACGGGAACUCACCCCGUCGCGGGGAUUUGAACCUCCGACCUUCUGAUCGGCAAGCCCUAGGCUCUGUGGUUUAACCCACAGUGCCACCUGCGUCCCUCUAUCAAUAGCAUUACCUUCUCAUAAUCCUGUUUCGAGGCUGUCCAAGUUGGUGGCCAUCACUACCCCCUGUGGGAGUGAGUUCCCUGGGUUUAAUUAUGUGCUGCAUGAAGGACUUUCUUUUAUCUGUUCUGAAUCUCCUGACAUUCAGCUUCAUGGGAUGUCCACAAGACUGAAUGUCAGGAGAAAGGGAGAAAUUCUGUGUUAUAUCCUCUUUCUCUGUGCCAUGCACAAUUUUAUAAACUUCUGUCAUGUUACCUCUUACUGACUUUUUCUCUAAACUAGAACAUCCCAAAUGCAUCCAUCAUAUAGGGGAAUCGCUCUAUAUGCUUUUGGCUGCCCUUUUCUGAAGCUUUUCCAGUAUCCUUUUUGAAGCGAGGCAACCAGAACUGUUUGCGCUACUCCACGCAAGGUCGCACCAUCAAUUAAUUUAGUGGCUUUACGAUACUGGUGGUUUUAUUUUCAAACCCUUUCCUAAUGAUUUCUAGCAUUUUCCCUCUUCGCCACUUUUUCAUACAUUCUCAAGUGGGGGUAGAUACCAGCAUUCUACAUGUCUAGAUAGGCUUUGCCUGAAUUAUUAUUUUUUAUAUAUAAUGUUUUUAGCAUGCACCAAAAGCAUCUGACUGUUGUCAAUAGGCAGGGAGUUUCAAAGUUUAAGUAAGACUGGUUUCUUACAAAAUCAGGAUGCGUAUUGCUGGCUCUGUUAUGAAGCAUAUGGAUUCCUAACAUGCAUCCCACCCACCCCUUUGGCUUUUCUGGCAGUAAUGCUGGGGGAGACCUCAUCACCAGAGUGACCUUAGACUUCUGGCACAAUGGGCGGGACAGGGAGGAGAUCCAGCUGAAGGACCUGGAGCCUGUGUUAUCUGUGGGCGUCUUCAACAACAAGAACAGUGAGUUUCGUUGGCUGUUCUUUGCCCUCCCCCUUCCUUGUCAAGCAAGAGAUUUUUAAAUUCUUCCUAACUCAAAGUUCUGUCUCCCAUCUGUGGCCCUUUGGACUGUUGUCGGACUCCAACUCCCAUCAGCCCCUGCAACCUGCAUGGGAAGUGGUCAGGCACAAAUAGAGUUGAAGUCCAACAACAUAUGGAGGAACAAAGCAGUGGCUGCCCCUGCCUAGAGAGCCACUGCCGGUCAUUGUAGGCAAUCCUGAGCUAGAUGUAUUAUUUAGAAUUUAUAUACUUCUCAGUUUAAAAAUCAAAUAAGCAGUUAACCAUUAGCCAACCAGAGUAUAUUGAGAAGCAAAGCGGAUAGUAAACCUCAUCUUGAUUUAACUGUUGCAACAGGGUCCCCACUCACCACACGCAGGAGGGAGGAGAGAACCCUGAACAAUGGUAUGCAAGCCCUUACAUAGACUUUUGAAACUGCCCACCCUGUAGCUCAAGACCAUCGCCCCCAACAUGCAUACAUUACAAAAGGAGGCAGUCUACAGCAGUAAUCCUGUCUGCCAGGAUACCUGAUAAUGGUCACUGAUUGCAUUACUUGGGCAGUCUGGCCAUUCUUUUGUUAUGGUUAAUAGUUUAGUUCCUGAGUCCUAUGUCUCACCCUGUUCAUACACAAAUAGGCCCUUAAGGCAGGAUUUGCAAGCAAAAGACAAUGGGAAGGCUUUCCCAUUUCCUUCCUCCUUGCAGAGAAAUAUUUGAGGUCAAUUUGAGAGAGUAAAAAUGGCUUCAGGAUUGCUCUUCUGUACUUUUGCAGACACAUGGUUUAUAUACUUAUGUAUGUGUUUGCCUUGUACAUUUAUGAACAUUUAAUUUAUAUUUGAGACCUUAGAAUUCUUAUAAUAUAUAGAGGUGGAAGGGACUAAGAGGGUCCUCUAGUGCAGGGGUCAGCAACCUUUUUCAGCCAUGGGCCGGUCUACCGUCCCUCAGACCAUGUGGUGGGCCAGAAUAUAUUUUUGGGGGAAAAAUGAAUGAAUUCCUAUGCCCCACAAAUAACCCGGAGAUGCAUUUUAAAUAAAAGGACACAUUCUACUCAUGUAAAAACAUGCUAAUUCCUGGAUUAUCCACGGGCCGGAUUGAGAAGGCGAUUGGGCCGCAUCUGGCCCCUGGGCCUUAGGUUGCCUACCCCUGCUCUAGUGCAGCCCCCCCUGCAAGGCAGGACUCACAGCCCAGUUAUCACAAUAUGCAGAGGCAAUGAUAUCUCCCAGUUCCCAAAUCCACUCACCUUCUCAAUUUUGCCCUUCCCCAGGCGGCCUCUGGCACAGCAGUCUUAUCGACCGGAAUCUCAUUGAUUACUUCGUGCCAUUCCUUCCCCUGGAGUACAAGCAUGUGAAAAUGUGUAUCCGGGCAGAGAUAGUCUCCCGCGGCAACCCUGUCGACGAGUCAGUGGUCCAGAAGGUGGCCGAUGAGAUGACUUUCUUUCCAAAGGACGAACGGAUCUACUCCACCAAGGGGUGCAAGACUGUACAGACCAAGUUGGACUUGGUGGAUAUUUGAUUUUUUUUUUAAUGCCAUUAAACCAGAAAGAGGAGGAUGGUGAAGGGUUUCUUAAAUCUGUUAUCCUCUCUUUCUCCAAAGCACUUUUUAAACUUUUUUUUUUAAAAAAUGAAAGGAAAACUCUGGGUGUGCACUUUUAAAAAUAUUGUGUGGGGCUCUUAGGAGCUGUUGGCUUUUUGUGGUCACACCUUAGGCAUUUCCUCUCGCAAUGUGCCACCAAGGAAACAGGUACCACUCUUGGCUUUAGGUAGAAAUCACAAGUGUAAGACCAGGAGGGCAAACUUGUGGACCACCAGAUAUUGAUGGAGUACAUCAGGUGUAGGGAACCUUUGGCCCUGCAGGUGUUGCUGAACUACAACUCCCAUCAUCCCUGGCUACUGGCCCUGCUUGUUGGGUACCGAUGGGAGUUGUAGUUCAGCAACAACUGGAGGGCUGAAAGGUCUUCACACCUGGUUUGUAGCUCCCUGACUGUUCACCAUGGUGCCUGCUUCAAGCCUCAGUAACAACUGGAGAUCCACAGGUUGCCCACCCAUGAUGUAAGACAAGCCCACAACUAUGGACCAUAAAGCAUUAGCGUUCAACAGCUGGGAUUUGCUAGGAGUGACUUUGCCUCUCCUCUCCGCAUUCCUCUAGACCAGUGUUUCUCAAACUUAGGUCCCCAGAUGAUGUUGGACUACAACUCCCAUAAUCCUUAGCUGGCAGAACUAGUGGACGGGGAUGAUGGAUGUUGUAGUUCAACAUCAGCCGGGGACACAGAUUUGAGAAACACUGCUCUAGACUAUGACACUCGGUCUGAAAUGAAGGAUGGCUAAUGCUGUUGUGGCAUCCGUACCUGCUCCCAGGUGUCAUUUUGGGAAUUUCAGCUCAUGGGGUCAUCGGGAAGCAGAGUGCUUUUCUCCAUCUGUUGGCUAAAGCAUUGCAAAUUGUGCAAGGGCAUUUUCCUAGGGAAGUUAUUUAGUGUGCAGGUAACCAGUGGCAUGGCCAGCUCUCCCUAUGGAUGGAAGAAAAGGUGGGGUCCUCUCUGUAUAUGGGACUCUAAAGCUGAUCCACCUUCGGCUGUAACAAUGCAGUUAGGUAUCACAUUGAGCUUAGGGAAACUGGCUAUAAUAGGCCAUGAAUUUGUGUGUCUUUGCCCCUUAAAUCUUGACAGUCAUCCUUCCAGGAACAAAACACUGUCCCUAAAGGAGUGGGGAGUGUUGUGUGUGUGUAUAAUUUGCCUGUUGAUGGGCUGGAACAUUACCCUAGAGUUUUUGACAAGGUUUGCAGCUUUGGUAUAAGUCUGAAAGGGGAUUUAACCUUGGGUUCACUGUUACACAUAGCCUGAUUGGUUUGUUCUUCCCCAAACCAGUAUGCCUUCCCGCCCAAUGAUGUUGGAUUCCCAGUUCCAAUCAGCGCACCCACACCCCAGCAAGUGUGGCCAGGAGUCAGGGAUGAUGGGAGUUGUAGUCCCCAGCUGUAACUUCUGGAGGACACCAGGGUCAGGCAGCCUGGUUUAAAUCAAGGAGGACUAGAACCCUUCCUCUCCAAAUAAUGCCUCUCACUCAUCCUACCUGUAUAUAUUUUUAAUGGAAAUUAAGGAACAUAUUUUUAAAAGUAUCUCUUAUCCCUCUAUCCUUCAAAAUGGUGAUAAAAUUUUUAUUAAAGUUACAGAGAUUUGGGUAUGGUGGGGAGCACUGGGUCAAUUAACUGCCCCCCAUAAAUAUGUUUAGCACUAUUUGCCAACCUGGGGCCCUUUAGAUGCUUGACUAGGGGUGAUGGAAGUUGUGGUCCGAAACAUUUGGAGGGCCACAGGAUGGUGAAGGCUAUUGUAAGGCUUAAUUAAGCAGCAUUUAUUUAAAGGAAUGAGAACAUGAAUGUGUGAAAUGCAAUUGGGAUGUGUAUGUGCGCCACAGCAAACAAGUAACUCCAGAUGCAUCUGAACAGAUAGAAUAGGCUACUCUGCAACUUCCUGUUUGAUGGAGUUUUAGGAAAAGUAGAUCCGUUGAAAUUAACUGUGAUUCAAGUUGGUCCUUUUCAUUUCAAUGGGUCUGUUCUUGAGUGUGACUGAUAUCAGCUAUAACCCUGUGUGUGGCUGUAGAGAGAAUCCUGUUUAAGCAGGAGCUGCCAACUGAGCUCUGUUCUGGGUGUAGCGGUACAAUAAAAGUCCGCUGAGCAUUAGGGCAAAUCGCUUAGGUUCCUGCUGCGGUAAAAAGUCGCUGCAAGGUACUAGGCAUGAAAGAGGUUGGUUGCAUAGUCCCUAUUCUCCUAUAGCCUGGACACCAUCUCAUCAGAUAUUUUGCCAAGAGACAGAAGUGUGCUGGUUGAGUGUGUACUCACUUUAUCUCACCAUGAGGUUAUGAUGUUCCUUCUCAUUCUUCACGGGGUUGCCCCACAGCCCUGUGGUGAAAUACAAUGACUUCUUCGCCACUUGGGAAUGCAACGGCCAGAAAAAUCACCAAAGGAUAAAUUGGCAGUCUCACAAUACAAGUUCAGAGUGUGAGGUUUGAUUCUGUGUUUCCCCUUUUAAGAAUCCAGAGGAACAGCUCAUAUGUGGCUGAGAAAGGAGAUCAGAAUCAGUGGUUAUGAAAAAAUUGAAACUUCUAAUUCAUUUUAAAGAUGGGCAGUGUGGGCUACGUUUUGUAACUUCUAUGGAGUGAUUGUAGGUCAGUCGCUGCUAUCUAUAUUAAAUCUUGGUCAAAAGUACCAUAAAA